AUGAGUAAUACAAGGUAAAUUAAGCGAAAGGGAAUUCAAAUAUAAGGAAAAUUCACGUUUGAUGAAAAUCCAUUAAUAAAAUUAAAACAAUCUUUUAGGAGAAUUCUAAUAAAAAUGUUUAAUAUAUAAACUUAAUUCUUCCUCCAUCUUCAGAUUAUAGAUUAAUUAAAUUUUCUGAAAAUUUUAUAGAUUUUGGUUAUGUAGAAUGUUAUUAAUAAAGUGGGGCAAGGAAAUUGCAAUUACAAAAUAGACUUAAUAGAAAAUUGGCUAUAUUUUGGACAAUCUAAAUUCAUCCUAAUGUUAAUGGAGAAAAAGUUCCAUUUUUCAUAGUUUCUUCACAGACAUAAUCAAGAUAAGUAAAUUUUAAAAUAGAUUCAAGUACUUUUGAAUCUAAAAUUCUCUUAACCUGGAAUUAAAAAUCAAAAAAUACUAUAGAUUUUACAUCUAAAGAAAUGA